AUGAUCAGUUCCAACGCGCGAUCCACGGUGCAGCGGCUCACCAGCGGCCACGCAGCGACUGUUGCUCCGCGAUCGGCGGCGGUGGAAGGCGGGCUGCUGUGGCAACAGCUGGCAACGGGUCCGCUGAGCCGCGGCGGGCUGGCGCAAAGCGUGCGCCACGCGCGGGUCACGGGGUCGGAGGUGAAAGUGGGCAGUGUCAUAGAGCGAAAAGGCAGAUAUUUCCAGGUUGUGAAGACGCAGCACACACAGCAAGGCCGUGGCGGUGCCACCAUUCAGGUGGAGCUGCGGGACGUGCAGACGGGCCUCAAGAGCAACGAGAAGCUGCGCACCUCCGAGCACAUUGAACUGGUGUUCUCAGAUGACAAGCCCUUUGUGUUUCUCUAUGUGGACGAGGACAACGCUUGCCUCAUGGAGAAGCAAACAUUCGAGCAGAUCUCACUUCCCGUGUCAAUGUUUGGCGAUGCAGCACCCUUACUGCAAGACGGCAUGGAGGUGGUGGUGCAUCUGUUCAACGGCAAGGCCCUCUCUGCAUCGCUGCCGGCCAGAGUCUCCGAUGUCGUGGACGAGGCAGAGCCCUUUUUUAAGGGCCAGACCGCCGCCCCCUCGUAUGAUUCGUCUUCCCUUCUCGCUCCUCCAUCCCUGCAUGUCUCCCUGCCUGCAGAGCUCCUCACCCUCUGUUGCACCUCUCUCCCCUAA